UUGGCACUCAAUGGAUGCCCGUAUCCCGGAAAGAGGAAAUCCCUCUCUUAGUCCUAAUUAAUCUUGCGCUGGGAACCGCGGGUCUGGGCUUUUAAAGACCCGAAGCGAUGGACUCUGAAAUAACGAUGCCAUGGAGCUCGGAGAGCGGGCACUCCUCACCCGUGCCCCUGACUGUUGAUUCUAAGGUCCAGGUUAAAACCAGAAAGGUUUGUGUUUCAUGGAGAACCAAGUGUAUAAAGGCUUUACGCUGUUGUCAGUUUAACUGUGUUCUGUCUGUGGUAUCUCUGUGACUCCCAUUCAAACAGUCUCCAAGAGCCUCAUGGACUAAUAUGAUAAUCUUUACAAUGUCUUUGUGUUAAAAGUAAACCUGCCCCUGCAGCAGUGAGGGACCUGUGACCUCCCUUCCCCUGUGACAAGGGCUGUGUGCUCAGACAGCUGCUUUAACAGGGUACAAAGGGCUGCUUUCCUGUUGGUUCUCUAUUUGUUCCCAACAGUGUAGGAGGAAAAUCAUUUGUAAUGGCAUCUGCAUGACUCAGAAGUCCAGGGAUCGGCUCUGUGAACACGAAACAUCUGUUCUAAUUGCGCAAGGGAAUCAUUUGGCAGAGUUCAGCCUGUUCCUGAUCAACGCCGCCGGGGACAUCUUCCUGGAGAAGCACUGGAAGAGCGUGGUGAGCCGCUCGGUCUGUGACUACUUCUUCGAGGCGCAGGAGCGGGCCUCGGAGGCGGAGAACGUGCCGCCCGUGAUCCCCACGCCGCACCACUACCUGCUCAGCGUGUACCGCCACAAGAUCUUCUUCGUGGCCGUCAUCCAGAGCGAGGUGCCGCCGCUCUUCGUCAUCGAGUUCCUGCACCGCGUCGUGGACACGUUCCAGGAUUAUUUUGGCGUGUGUUCAGAGGUGAUAAUCAAGGACAAUGUUGUGGUGGUCUAUGAGGUGCUGGAGGAGAUGCUGGACAAUGGCUUUCCAUUGGCAACAGAGUCUAAUAUUCUUAAGGAACUGAUAAAACCUCCUACUAUCCUGCGGACAGUCGUCAACACCAUCACAGGAAGCACUAAUGUGGGUGACCAGCUUCCCACUGGGCAGCUCUCAGUGGUGCCUUGGAGACGUACUGGUGUAAAAUACACCAACAACGAGGCCUAUUUUGAUGUGAUUGAGGAGAUCGACGCGAUCAUCGACAAAUCAGGUUCCACGAUUACUGCUGAAAUCCAAGGGGUGAUUGAUGCUUGUGUCAAGCUGACUGGGAUGCCAGACCUUACCCUCUCCUUUAUGAACCCUCGGCUGCUGGACGAUGUCAGCUUCCACCCCUGCGUGCGGUUCAAGCGCUGGGAGUCGGAAAGGAUCCUCUCCUUCAUUCCACCCGAUGGGAAUUUUCGCUUGCUCUCCUACCAUGUCAGUGCUCAGAAUCUCGUGGCAAUUCCCGUCUACGUGAAGCACAACAUCAGUUUCCGGGACAGCAGCUCCCUGGGGCGCUUCGAGAUCACCGUGGGGCCCAAGCAGACCAUGGGCAAGACUGUGGAGGGAGUGAUGGUCACCAGCCAGAUGCCAAAAAGUGUGUUAAAUAUGACCCUGACACCCUCUCAGGGAACACAUGUCUUUGAUCCAGUUACAAAGUUACUGUCAUGGGAUGUGGGGAAAAUAAACCCCCAGAAGCUGCCAAGCCUGAAGGGCAGUGUGAGCCUGCAGGCUGGGACAUCGAAACCAGAUGAAAACCCCACCAUUAACCUGCAGUUUAAAAUUCAGCAGCUGGCCAUAUCUGGACUGAAGGUGAAUCGCUUGGACAUGUAUGGGGAGAAGUACAAGCCAUUCAAGGGGAUCAAAUACAUGACUAAGGCUGGCAAGUUCCAAGUCCGAACCUAGAGGAUCCUGGCAGUGAGGAAGAGCACUUCUCCUUUUCCCCUGUCCCUGGCUGUUGGAUGCAGCCUCUUUCCCCAUCCAUCUGUUUUGGGUAGCUCCCUUGCCUGUAGUAGCAUGAGCAGGAAAGCAAGUGCUCAGACUGCUGGAAAGCAGGGGAAAGUAAGGCUGACCUGAAACCACCUCAUCUCUUGGAAGUCUUUGGAAUAACAGCGGAUGGGAGAAGUGUUCAGGUCCCUUGGGAUUAGUGAGUCAGCUGUGUAAGCUUGUAUCACCCUCAUUUUGCUGUCUUAGAGGAAAUUCCAGGUAUUUAUUGCCUUUUGUAUCUCCUCUUCCUUGUAUUUUGGUUGGCUUUUAUCCCUUCGUAGAUGAUCCAAAGUUGAAUUUCCACAAACUUCAACUCCAGUGUGAGGAUCAGCACCUGCCCUUCUCCAUCACUGUGUGUCAGGAUGCAGAGCUGUACAGUUCUUGGCAGCAGGGAAAUCAUCUUGCCUCUCUGCCUCAGAGGGGCUGGAGAAAGUGGAAGGGUGGAUUGUUCCACCCAGGAUUGCUGAUUGAGAAGCCUGAGAUUGGGGAUGGUGCCACAGAGGGAGGAAGGGAAGAAGUGGAUGCUUCUUCUAGGUACUUCACAAGCCAUCUUGGUUGUUAAGUAUCUUAAAUCUCUGAACACAGACUUGAAAUGCAUUCAAAUCUUGUAACUGGGGUGUGGUGGCAUCUCAGUGUCAUUCUGCUUCUCUGGUUAUUUUAUCAGUAUUUGAAGGUAAGAAUUCUCCCACCUGCCUUGGGGAAUCAGACAAGACAGGGAGGGGAAUUUUUGUGAGGACACAGCACUGAUGGAAAUUGCAGCUGUGAGUAAAUGAAGAUAAUCACUGUCCUAUAACUUGUUGGAACCUCUCUCUGCCUCUGCUUGCCAAUUGCAAAUGAAGGCUGUUCUCCUGCUCACUGAUGUCCUUCUUUGACAUAACUGUGACCUGGUACCUUCGUAGUGUUCCUGCCUGUCCUACCUCAUUCCAGUUCUGUCCCAGUCAGGUGCUGUGGAUUCAAGGGUUGCCCACUGGGACCAUCUCCUGUGCAGGAGCUGUUGCUCCAUGUGCCCACCCCAGCCUGUGGUACCUCCCUGUGUCCAGCAGAACCAGGAGAUGAGAGGCACCUGUGCUGGUGGUGGUGUCUGGAACAGGCUCUUUGGCCACCACAUGCCAGGGUGUUUUCCCUGUGGGAGCAGAGCCUGUCCCUGAGCUGCUGUGCUGUGACCACACAGGUGUGGCUGUGCAGUCCAGCAUGGACAGCCUCUAAAGGAAGGGUGGCAUCCAUGGGGUGGCAUCUUGCUUGUGGAGCUGCAGGUUCCAGGGCUCCAGAGGAAUGCCAGAGCAGGUGGCAUCUGCUGAGGUGACAUUACUGCUGAGCAUGUUCAGUGCAAAUAAAACCUUCAACGAGGGCAUCAAUAAAAUUAAUUUUUACAUGUCA